AGACAGCAAAAAGGUUGGAGACUUUUUGGAAAAGUGGCCGAGGAAUUUGGGGAGUAGUUGAAUAUCGGGAAUUCGAUGAUUCGUGGCUGAAAUUGCAACUGUCAGAAAGGGGCAAAAAUGGCGGAACUGAAAGACCCCAAGAUUAAGCUAUUUGGUAAAACGAUUGGCGCUGCGAUUGAGCCGCCGGAGAAUUCUCCGGCGCCGGAUUCCGACGAGGCAACGGCUAAUUGUAGGAACGGAGAUGAGGAUUUGGAUAUAGAUGCAGAUGAUCGAGAAUUGCGCGAGGAUAAUGUAGCAGAGGAAGAUUCGAUUCGUCGGCGCCGGCGCCGGCGGUGUAAAGAAGAAUGCAGUCCGUCGUCUCUCCCGGCGGCGGCUGCAAAAUCCAAUCGGAAAACGCCGGCGCCGGAAAAGCACGACAAGAUCCUCCCCUGUCCCCGCUGCAACAGUACGGACACCAAAUUUUGCUACUUCAACAAUUACAACGUUAACCAGCCUCGCCAUUUCUGUAAGAAUUGCCAGAGGUAUUGGACGGCCGGCGGGACUAUGCGGAACGUGCCGAUCGGCGCCGGCCGCCGGAGGAACAAGACAGGUCCGGCGGCGCCACAUUUCCGGCGACAGCCGUCGCCGGAAUCAAUAGUAUCGGAUUCGAACAUUGCCGACAAAUCGAGCGUGAACGGAUUAGAAUCGGUUUCUUGUAAUAGAGUCGAAACUUCGUCGAAGGAUGAAUCGAGCAUUAACGGAUUGCCGAGGAGCGAGCCGAUCCCGAAUUAUCUGCCCUACUUCCCCGCCGCGCCGUGGGCGUUCGCUUGGCAUUCGAUUCCGGGGGCCCCCGCCGUAAAAUUAUCUCCGCCGUCGAUCGCACCUCCCGGGUAUCCUUUACAGUUCUACUCGAUUCCACCGCCGUAUUGGGGUUGCGCCGUAUCAGGUCCUUGGAUAGUCGAUUCGCCGACUCUUGGGAAGCAUUCGAGGGACGACGACAACGAGCCGAAUACAGAAACGGAGAGCGAUCGUGGCAAAAAGUGUCUAUGGUUCCCGAAAACUCUGAGAAUCGAUGAUCUGGGGGAGACUGCGAAGAGUUCGAUAUGGGCGACGUUAGGCGUCGGGGGGAAGAAUGAUAGAGUCGAUUUGAUUGGCGGGAGUAGUCUCUUCAAGGCUUUUCGAAACGAGUCGAAGCGUGACGACGAAAAUCCCGCACCGGCGGCGCUGCAAGCUAAUCCGGCGGCGCUUUCACGAUCGCAGAGCUUCCGCGAAACGUCGUAA